AAUAUCUGAUACACCAACACACACACAUAUAUAUAUAUAUAUAUAUUGUUGUCUGUACUUGCACACAUACAUAUGAGUAAACAUACAGACGCUAAGGAGGAACGCACGCGGAACAAGAACCUUUGCAGUCACAGUUUAAGUCACAGUCACAGCGAUCGGAUAGCAGACACUGAGGAAAGCCAAAUCGAUUGUAUUGCUGCUUGCUCUAUGUAUGACCCAAGACAGUGACAAGCGCUGGACAUAAUCGUUCAAUGACAGCAGCAACAGUUGCUGCCACCGCCAUCGCCACUGCCUCUGCUUCUGUCUCUGACUCUGCCUCUGCUUCUGUCUCUGUCUCUGACUCUGCCACUGCCUCUGCCUGUGUCGCGGCGCCGUUUGCUGCAAGCAACGUGAGCAGUUAACGCCCAACAGCAGCAGGAAAAGACUCGGCUUAAUCCGGUCCCAGCAGCGGGUCUAUAUACAGCCAGAUCAGUCGUCGAUCAGGACUUGUUUCAACGCUCAACCAACUAAAAGCCAAGCCAAACCACACGCCCAACAGAUAAAGUAGCAGCAGACAUAACAGCAACUGCAACAGCAACAGCAACAGCAACAGUUUAACAGCUAAAGCCAACUGUAAUCGAAAGAGCAACAAUGGUGAAAACAUUUCAGGCCUACUUACCGUCCACAAAUCGGACCUACUCAUGUGUUCAUUGCCGUGCACAUCUGGCAUCACACGACGAGCUCAUCUCAAAGUCGUUUCAGGGUAGCCAGGGACCGGCAUAUCUGUUCAAUUCGGUGGUGAAUGUGGCCUGCGGGCAAACGGAGGAGCGUGUCCUGCUCACUGGCCUGCAUGCGGUCGCUGAUAUUUACUGUGAGUGCUGCAAGACGCCGCUCGGCUGGAAAUAUGAGCACGCCUACGAGUCCAGCCAGAAGUACAAGGAGGGCAAGUUCAUUAUUGAAUUGGCGCACAUGAUCAAGGAAAAUGGCUGGGAUUGAACGGAGCGAAGCGGACGCGCGUAAGGCAUUUGGUGGGCUGGUAGUCCGGGCGGCUUGGGUAACGUUUAUAAUGCGGCAAUAGCAACGACAGCAACGAUAAGUUGAUGGCAGAUGGCAGAAAAUGGCUUGGAGCCAAAGUUGGAGCAAGCGACUACAUUUGCGAGAGCAAGCGAGAAAAGAAAGAGAGAGGGGGAGCGAGCGAAAGGGAGAGAGAUGGAAAGCGAGCGCCGGCGAUCAGUCGAGCGAGCUGAUGAGUGUUAGGGUACCAUAAUAUAUAUAUACUAUUAUAUAGUACAUAACUCGUCGUAUCUUAUAGAACAAGCAAACAGACAUACACACCCAUACACAUGCACUCACUCACACUCACACACACAUACCCAUCCACAUUGACAGAAAUAAAGUUCCAGUUUAGGAGCUUCGAAGAGAUCUCUGCGCUGGACGCAACAGUAGCAGCAAAUUGAACUGGCGCCAUCUGUCGGCCAGUGCCUACAACUAUCAUUCGUAUUACGUUUUGUUGCCAGUUUUGUUGCUUCUCAAUUUGUUUUUCAAUAUUCAAUAAGUACAAAGUGUUUAGAAAACAAUUUUUUUUGUUUUUGUCUUUCUUCAUUUGUUUUACUGUUUGAGUUUUGUGCACAAGUUUUUGUUGCUGACCACCACAAAAAAGGAAUACAAAAAACUUGCACUGCCAAUAAACGAGAAAAUAUGAGGAAAAAUGCUUUAGCAACAAAUUCAAAAAAUUGCAACAAAACGACAUCACUCAAUAGGAAAGAGCAACAAAUUUAAUGCAUAACGGCAUACGACAUUAAAAUCCACCUACACACACAAACGUACAGAGAGACACACUUAUAUACAUAUAUACUUACACUUUUUCAAUGUAGUAGUUAUUUAAAAGGAAUAUUUAAAACAAAAAACAUUAUUUAGCUUGCGAAUCUGCAU